AUGGCGGCGGCCCGCGGCUGCCCCCCGGCGGGCUCCGGGGACCGCGCCCUGAUCGAGCUGCUGUUGGAGUUUUCCCGGACACAGUACCGCGCCAAGGACGGUGGUGGUGCCGCUGCUAAGGUGGAGCGGAUCGAGCGGCGGUGCCUGGAGCUCUUCGGCCGCGACUACCGCUACAGCGUGAUCUCCAAUGUGCACGGCGAGGUCUGCGCCCACUACCCGCGGCACAUCGUCCUCCUGGAGCGUGAUAUCAGCCGCGACCCGUUUGAGAGCACUGUGCAGGUUGGCAAACUGCAGGACCUCAUCAACCGAAGUAAGAUGGCGAGGUGUAGAGGACGAUUUGUUUGCCCAGUCAUUCUGUACAAGGGAAAGCACAUCUGCAGAUCGGCAACGCUGGCCGGCUGGGGAGAGCUCUAUGGGCGCACUGGCUACAACUAUAUCUUCUCAGGAGGUUCUGAUGAUGCUUGGGCAGAUGCUGAAGACAUAUCAGAGGAAGAUCCUGCACUUAGAAAUGCAGAUUCCCAGCUGUUUGACAAGGUCAGAGGGCAUGACAUCAAGCUGCUUCGAUACCUGUCUGUCCGCUAUAUCUGUGACCUGAUGGUGGAAAACAAGAAGGUGAAGUUUGGCUUGAAUGUGACGUCUUCUGAGAAGGUGGACAAAGCUCAACGUUAUGCUGAUUUCACACUUCUCUCCAUCCCAUAUCCAGGCUGUGAAUUUUUUAAGGAGUACAAAGACCGGGAUUAUACAGCUGAAGGUCUCAUAUUUAACUGGAAACAGGAUUACGUAGAUGCUCCCUUAAGUAUUCCAGUCUCUCUGACCCAGUCUCUGAAUAUUGAUUGGAGCGAGUACCAGAGCUGGGACCUCGUACAACAGACGCAGAACUACCUGAAGCUGCUGAUCUCCAUCAUCAAUAGUGAUGAUGACAGCGGGCUCCUGGUGCACUGUAUAUCUGGCUGGGAUCGAACUCCUCUCUUUAUCUCCUUAUUGCGCCUCUCCUUGUGGGCUGAUGGGCUGAUCCACUCAUCCCUGGAGCCAUCUGAGAUUCUCUACUUGACAGUGGCCUAUGACUGGUUUCUCUUUGGGCACAUGUUAGUUGAUCGACUCAGUAAAGGAGAGGAGAUUUUCUUUUUCUGCUUCAAUUUUCUGAAGCACAUCACCUCUGAGGAGUUCUCUGCUGUGAAGUCACAGAGAAGGAAGAGUUUGCCAGCUGGCUUCACCCUGGAAGAGAUCUGCAUGCUGAAGCAGAGAGACCGAGGCAGCACCACAAGUCUGAGCAGUGACUUCUCCCUGGGGAUGGAAAGUUCCCCUGGAGCAGCUGGGAGCUUCACCUAUGAAGCAGUGGAGCUGAUGCCAGCAGGAGCACAGGCUCAAGCAGCAUGGAGGAAGAGCUGUGCAUCAUCACCACAAGCCGUGCUCUGGAGCAGGGCACAGCAGUCUGAAGACAGGCUGCCUUCCACAGGGAUGGUUGAAGUCAAGUCCUCCAGCUCCUCCUCAUCGACCCAUUCUGAUAACUUCCUGAGGAUUGGAAGCAGCCCACUGGAAGUGCCCAGGUCCAGAUCGGCGGACCAUUCUCUGCCCGGAUCCUCCGUUUCCACAGACUUUGGCAGCUGGCAGAUGGUGACAGGGUGUGGCAGUAUUCGGGAGCAGGCAAUCCUGAGCGCAGACACCUCUCUCCCUUGCAGCUUCCCGGAUGAGUUCCCUAGCACUUGUCUGCUAGUGUCAGCAAGUGACCGUGAGUCCCGGUUGGAAGAAGUGCGUUCUGUGUUUCUGGCCAGCUACAGCCGGACCAUCGGGCUGAAGGCCGUGCCCCCCAGCCCCUCGGGGGCCAUUGGUGGCCUCCUUGAGCAGUUUGUGCGGGGCGUGGGACUGAGAGGCAGCAGCACGCUCUAA